AAGAGUUCCUCGAAAACACCUUCCCACCACACGUCCCGUCCCAUCAACAAAACCCCGAUAACCCCGAAAAGUCAAAGACUCACUAGACCAACAUUCUCCACAAGCUAGUUCUAGGUCAAACCAUCGGACCCCCUCCUAAUGAACGUCACCUUCUUGGAUUGUACCAAUAUCUGGUACCAGGUGAGCGUAUCUUUACCUUGGGAGGAGGUUACCAGGAAGAUCUCGCCGUUGAUUAGAAAUGCGUGGACGAUUUGGCCGGCUUGUGCUUUGGGGUGUUUUCUUUCGGUCCCGGUUGAGGAGAGGGUGUUUGUUGCGUCUUGUGUUUGGUUUGGGUGGAAUGUUUUUUCUGGCUUUUUCUGUGCCAAUGCAGGUGUGUAUUCGGGCCUGAUUUCGAGAGGGAAAUCAAUUAUUGAGCAAGUGCUACACAGAGGGUCGAUGUUGGAGAGACAGAAUAUUAUUGUUUGUUAGUAGUACUUUCUACAUUGCCCGAGAUUCUUGCUCAGGGGACGAAGAGUGUAUCACUAAGCUACCAGUCGGAAUGGACGGAGGACCCAUUAUAAAUCAUUAUGCUGUUUGGAUAUGGCAUGGGUAUUCACGCGCAUAUUCCAUUCCCGACCAGAAUAACACGGGUCCAUGGAUUCGGCGAAACUAGCCGGGUCUCUUCUAUAUCGUUAGCGUGCAUCACGCAUCACGUUAACCGCUAUGCUGUAGCGGCCUGGGGUGGUAUCUCUGAUGACGACUACUGUCAUUUCCCGAGUUUUGCGACUAAAGAAGUUAUUUCGGCUGCGUAAGUCCGAGAAAAUACACAGAACAUCGGCCCGUUAGG